CUACCUGUGAUGAUUCCACCAUGUGCAACAACCCCUGUCAGCGAUGCUGCACUCUUGCCAAGCAUGACUUCUCAGGAAAUCUGGAGGUCACAAGUUCCAGGCUAUUCUGGGUCAGUCACACGGCACAUAAGUCAUCGGGCCAACAACUUCAAGAGACAUCCGAAAAGGAGAAGACACAUCCGCCCUUCGCCGCCGCCACCACCAAAUACUCCAUGUCCUAUUGAUCUGAUUGACUUUGGAGAUCUCCAGCCUCAGAGGUCUUUCCUAGAACUCCUGUUUAAUGGGUGCAUUCUCUUUGGGCUUGAGUUCAGCUAUGCCAUGGAAACAGCCUACGUUACCCCUGUGCUGCUUCAGAUGGGGCUUCCAGACCAACUGUAUGGAAUGGUGUGGUUCAUCAGCCCUAUAUUAGGGUUCUUGCUACAGCCUUUGCUGGGGGCCUGGAGUGACAGAUGCACAUCAAGAUUUGGGAGGAGAAGACCUUUCAUUUUGGUCUUAGCAGUAGGAGCAUUGCUUGGGCUCUCACUUAUGCUGAAUGGCAAAGAUAUAGGGAGUGCCUUGUCUGACACUGCAUAUAACCACAAAUGGGGUAUCAUUCUUACGGUCUGUGGCGUUGUCUUCAUGGACUUCAGUGCAGAUUCAGCAGACAAUCCCAGUCAUGCCUACAUGAUGGAUGUAUGCAGCCCAGUGGAUCAAGACAGGGGCCUCAACAUCCACGCUUUGUUAGCAGGUCUUGGAGGUGGCUUUGGUUAUGUUGUUGGAGGAAUACACUGGGAUAAAACCGGCUUUGGAAAAGCUGUGGGAGGGCAACUUCGCGUCAUCUAUAUCUUCACCUCAGUUAUACUGAGUAUCACUACUGUGCUGACUCUAAUUAGCAUUCCAGAAAGACCCUUAAGGUCCUUGAGCAUGAAGAAAAAGGUGAUGAAGAGUCCAAGUCUUCCUCUCCCUCCUUCUCCACCUUUGUUCUUUGAGGAGGGUGUAAAUGGACACUUUGCUUCUCAUAACUCAACUCACUUAUAUGCCAGUUUUACGAGUCCUGUUUCUCCCCUCAGCCCACUCACACCCAAAUAUGGCAGUUUUGUCAGCAGAGAAAAUUCCUUGACGGGAAUUAAUGAGUUUGCAUCAUCUUUUGGAACUUCAAAUAUUGACAGUGUGCUUAUAGACUGUUUUACAGGCGGGCACAGUAGUUACUUAGCCCUUCCAGCUAGCUUGCCCAGGCAGCCUGUCAGCAUCAGCUUUCCUCGGGUGCCUGAUGGCUGUUACCAAGGAGAAAAUGGAGUUCUGGAGGAAAGGGAGAGCAUCAUAAUGCCAGGGCCUGAUGGCGAGGCACUGAGGGUGGGCUCACUGGAUGCAGUAAAGCCACGGUCAUCAGGGAUCCUGAAAAGACCUCAGACCUUGGCCAUUCCAGAUAUUGUAACAGGACACUGUCCAGAAAAUAGCAGAAGACGAAAUGUAACCUUCAGCCAACAGGUUGCUAAUAUCUUGCUGAAUGGUGUUAAGUAUGAGAGCCAGCUGAACGGAUCAGGCGAGACCUCUGAGCAACCACUCUCUGUGAAACUUCUUUGUUCGACCAUCUGCCAGAUGCCCAAGGCUCUUCGUAACCUCUGCAUCAACCACUUCCUAGGAUGGCUUUCAUUUGAGGGGAUGUUACUUUUCUAUACCGACUUCAUGGGAGAAGUAGUGUUUCAAGGAAAUCCAAAAGCGCCUCACAGCUCAGAUGAGUAUCAGAAGUACAACGCUGGGGUCACCAUGGGCUGCUGGGGAAUGUGCAUCUAUGCAUUCAGUGCUGCAUUCUAUUCAGCUGUGCUGGAGAAGUUGGAGGAGCAGUUCAGCACACGGACGCUGUACUUUGUGGCAUAUUUGGCCUUUGGGCUGGGCACAGGGCUGGCCACGCUCUCCAGAAAUGUCUAUGUGGUGCUGUCACUGUGUGCUACCUAUGGCAUCCUCUUCGCCACGCUCUGCACGCUGCCCUACUCCCUGCUGUGCGACUACUACCAGAGCCAUGAGGUGAGCCCCGGGCUCGCCGGCGGGGGGGGGCGUGGGCUGGGCGUUGACAUCUCCCUGCUGAGCUGCCAGUACUUCCUGGCGCAGAUCCUUGUGGCCCUGGCCAUGGGGCCGCUGACAGCAGCUGUGGGCAGUGCCAGUGGUGCCAUGUACUUCGCCAGCCUGGUGUCCUUCCUGGGCUGUCUCUUCUCUUCUCUCUGCGUCACCUACGAGUUGCCACCUACUGAGGAGCUGCUGCCAGCCGAGGAACAGCGCCCGCUCUUGCCCCGUGCACGGAUGGAAUAA